CUCAUAGAGGAACAGUCAAUGGAGUCAAGCGGUCAGACCAAACAAACAAAGUAUCGGUUAUCUGAACAAGAUUGUGGACGAAGAACCUGCGUUAAAUCCCGUUACAAAUAUCAUGUUUUGUCGUAGAUAACCUGGUGUUACGGGAGUCGUGGUUUCCUAGUUAGUUCUCGUUAGCUGUACAUUUUCGCGUCACCGUUAGCACCUAACGUAGUUUAGCGCAUUAACAUUAGCUAUCCUAGCUAGCUGGCUAGGUAACGUUAGCUAGCUGUCAGUCGUAUCUCACUGAGGCCUACAAAGCAAACGUCAGCUCUGAACCUAGAGCAUUUCAGUCGUUGUGCCCAGAAAGGAUUUAACGUUAGCAUACACCGAUAUGGCAGAUGAGAAUGCCGUCGUAAUGCAACAGAUCGUGGACAGGAGUUGUUGGGUGUGCUUUGCCACAGACGAGGAUGACCGGACGGCGGAGUGGGUGCGCCCGUGUCGCUGCCGUGGCUCCACUAAGUGGGUGCACCAGGCGUGCCUGCAGCGCUGGGUGGACGAGAAGCAGCGCGGCAACUCCACGGCCAGAGUCGCCUGCCCACAAUGCAAUGCGGAGUACCUCAUCGUCUUCCCAAAACUCGAAGAGAGGAUGGGUAGAUCGGGGCCAGUUCGGACUCCCCUCUAAUGCUUGUCAAGGCAGCAGCGGUUCUGCAGCACCAUGGCAACUGAGCCGCCCCGUUGUGUACGUGUUAGACCUGGCUGACCGCCUCAUUUCCAAGGCCUGCCCCUUUGCUGCCGCCGGUAUCAUGGUGGGAUCCAUCUACUGGACGGCCGUCACGUACGGAGCCGUCACAGUCAUGCAGGUGGUGGGUCACAAGGAGGGCCUUGACGUGAUGGAGAGGGCCGACCCUCUCUUCCUGCUCAUCGGCCUGCCCACCAUCCCGGUCAUGUUGAUUCUGGGCAAGAUGAUUCGCUGGGAGGACUACGUGCUCCGCCUCUGGAGGAAGUACUCCAGCAAGCUCCACAUCCUUGACAAGAUCUUCCCAGGGAUUGGUCGUCCGGUGCCCAGGAUUCCUGCAGAGGCCAGCCCAUUGGCCGAUCAUGUGUCAGCGACACGAAUCCUGUGUGGAGCGCUGGUCUUCCCCACCAUCGCCACCAUUGUGGGCAAGCUGAUGUUCAGCAGCGUCAACUCCAACCUCCAGAGAACCAUCCUGGGAGGCAUUGCAUUUGUGGCUAUCAAGGGAGCCUUCAAGGUGUACUUCAAGCAGCAGCAGUACCUGCGACAGGCCCACCGCAGGAUUCUCAACUUCCCUGAGCCGGAGGAGGCCUGAGAGGGGACCAGAGAGAAGAGGAGGGGCCCCUCCUAGCAUGGAGGUCACAAGACCGUACGGGACAAUACAGCACGGAUAGAUAGAUGGAUGGAUUGUCGGUCCACUUGCCUGUCUGCCUGCCUGCCUGUCUGCUGGCCCUCACAGCCCCCCCCCCCCCCCCCCAUAUGACAGACAGACAGAUGCUGUGUUCAAGUGGUCAUUAUGUUCACUCCACCUCCCCACAUCUUGGCAGGGGUCAUGCCAACCCGGUACAGGCUGCUGGAACUGUGGACAGCUUAUAGGAGCUCCAGGAACGCCCAGGAAGCAGAAGUAACAUGUGGUCAACCUGACACUAAAACACACACACACACACACACACACACACACACACACACAUACGUACACACACACACACGUACACACAAACACGUGUGACCCCCCUCAGAAUGUGACCCUUCUCUGUUGUGUGGCUCGCAUGGUUGUUAACCCCCCCCCCCCCCUUUUUUUUUCCCCCCAAGUUUUUACUGGAUUGUUUUAAAGUGAGUAAUUGUGGUGUACCACAUAAGUAUAUGAGAGAUUUUUUUUAUUAAGUAUACAAAUAAAUUGGUUGUUUUAUAAUUUAUUUUUUGCAGUGAUCUGAGCUGGAAAUAUUCCCUUGUGCUUUGAGGAAGCUGCUAGGGAGAAUCACACCACAUAUGAUUGAUUCAUAAUUUUGUAGGAUGCAUACUAGCACUUAUAUCUGCUCUUUAAAUGAGAACGGGAAAUCUAUGUAUGUAAUAUAUGUUUAUGUACAGUAUGUAUACAAAAUUUCCCCUUGCUUUCCCAGAGUGUUGCUAAAUCUCUGAAUGAUCUGUAACUCUACUUCAUCUAUUAGCAAGCUUUUUGUUGCAAACCCAGUCUGUGGAACACUUCAACAUCACACAGGCAGAGUGUGUCUCUCAGUUUAUCUGAAGUGUUUUUUUCUUCAGCUGAAUACUGUGUGUUGUGUAGGCUUUAUGAAGAGCAGGGGAUCUGGACAGAUUUACACAGGAUAAAAUAAAAAAAUAAUGUUGCUUCUACCUUCACCCAAGAAUUUAGCCCUGCUUGGCUUAGAGACUUGUAUGUAGAUUCUUUCGACCACAUUUAAGAAAACUAUCAAAUGCAAUUAACACCAAACCUAUUUAAGAGCUGAGUGUGUCAAUAUGUCCAAUAUGCCUUGAGAGUAUUAAUGUUAAACCUGUUUUGUAACGUUGUAAGGUACAUUACUGCUUUCUAAUAUGUUUCUCUUUAUUCUAUUUUUGUCAAUGUAUUCUCCAAGCUUGUACCUUUGAGCCCAUGUGGUAUGUCCCGUUUCUGUUGCUAGGACACUAACCACAUAAAAAGGAUGAGUUUGAGAGAGACUUGAAGAUGUGGAAGAACACAGUUGGCAGAAGGACAAUUAUUCACACUUAGUGGCCUUUUUGUAACCCAAAGGUGAGUCGACAAGGCACAAGAAUGACAGUUGAAUUGUGCAUCCAUCACAAAGACGGAUGGGUUUGGCAGUGUACAGAAGUGUUUCCUAAGUGGAUAAGAGACAACACAGAUAAGUGCAAUGGUGAUUGGAAAUAAACCUUGUCCAAUUUUUCCUUUUGACUCCUACCAAGUUUUCUUGUUUCUAAAUAAUCACCCAUAUAUGAAGUGUUGAUAUGUCAUCCCUUAAAAUGAAAGGUGUCCAGUAUUUAGUCUAGUACUCAGUGAAAAAUAAAUGUGUGUGUGUACGGAGAUUGACAGCAUACCAUGAAUGCCAUUGGAUUUGAACAGAUAUCACCUCUUUCGAAGGUGUUUUACUUUUGAACACCUUGUGCAGUUAUAGCCCAAUUGCCCAUGGGUUGCUCAGUACAUUCUAUCCUCGAAUCAGCUUCGUCACAAAAAUAAUAAAAUAGCAUGUACUAACAGUAUCUUAUAACGAUCACUGAAACCUGUAUUAAUGUCAUCCAAAUGUUUGCUUUGCCAAAAGGCAGACAGUUCACUGUUUUUGGAAUUUGUUGUUCAGUUAUUUUCUUCAGAAAAGUUUUUUUGAAAGUCACAUCCACAUUUGUACAGUGACUCUAUAAUGCCAAAAGCUGAAUGUUGACAUUGUAAAAAAACAUGCUUUGUACAGAUUUUCCCUUGGGACAUAGAUACAUGUUGAUUUAUGUGAAUAAAUGUAUUUUUCCAA